AUGCCGCCAGGAAGUGGAACGUGUCGCAGUCGCUGCGGUGUGCUCAGCGCAGUUCUCUGUUUGAACAAGCGAGCGCAGGGCACAGAAAUCGAGGCCGGGCUUCGGCCGGUUGCUCCGCCUACCAAGAGGAGGAGAGCGGCUCGCUCACCGCCUAAGUGGAGUUUUCUGGGAUCUCCUCUCCGCUCUCGCCAGGAGGAUGGGGAGCCCUUGUCCAGCUUUGCCGAGAAUAACUUUAACGACCGUGGAAAUACCGACGACAAAGACACAAGCAAGACCUACCAGUACACGCUGAGCAACGGCUACAAAUGCACCUUGUCGGGCUGGACGCACACCCGGGGCUACCAGAACGGGUACUUGCGGAAUGCUGGCGGCAGUGGAAUGGCCGUGGUUUCUGGUCUGGAGCCGGGUGCGCUGUACGCCUGGAAAAUCUACCAAUACUCGACGUAUUCUAAGUUUGCCGGUACAAAUCCAUUGCGCGUCAACGGCGAGAGCUUCGGCUCGACAACCGCCUGGCCAAGCGCAGAUGCGACGAAGACAGGUGAGAUUAGCUUCGAGUUCGUGCGGAAGACGGAACAUGUCACCGUGUCUGGAAUAGCCAUGGGCAAGGGUGGGACGUGCGAGACUGCUGCACCCAACUGGGGACUUGACUGCCGCGGUUGUGGCGUCGCAGAGUUUUCCAGCGCAUGGGUUCGUAUCAGAGAUUGUGAUGCCCAGAGCAACUGUCUUUCCGUGUCGAAGAAGGGCGGUGGGGCUGCCUUCUUGGAGGGCGUCUACUGCCCAGCCAGUGAUGGUGAGAAAGAUGGCUUGCUACCCUACUACGCAAAACCAGGCACGGGUUGGGUGAUCCGCCGCGCAAGUUCUCUUGACUUCUUCCAGGGCGAGUACGUGGAGCUGCGGGGAGACGUGCUGGCCUGCUUCCACUCUCUGGGUGACUCUGGAAGCAAGUCGUGGAGCAUCGGAGAUGCCGUGUUGGACGAGGUGAAGUCGGAUUUUCAGCUUACAAUCCUUGACGCGAGCUACGUGGAGAAUCGUGCGCAGGCAGCACCAAUUGAUGAAGUACAUAUGGUGCCAGUCGCGCGGAUGUGUACAAAUCCGCUGGAAGAAAGGCGUGCAACCAAGAAGAAAGGGGAGAAGGACGAAUUGACCAGUGAGGAGGCGUUUACAUUCGACGAUCCGGAUGCGCCAAGUGGCCUUGGGCACUUCUACUCGCUCGGCCCAUGCGAAUGCUUCAGCGGAGCAUUUGGAGCAAAUCCACCAGUUACGGAAACAACCUUUUCCAUGAUGCCACCAGGCAGUGAUAAUGACUUCGUUCCCCCGAGCACGUUGCUGGUCUCUGGAAGCCAUUCGUGCGAACCACAAUACUUGAUGCUGUCGUUGGUUGGGGUUGGCGCAACAGGAUGUGAGACAGCCUGCCGAAGCGGAGAUUACGAUACCGCCACGGAAGCAUGUGCCUUCUACUUCACGGGCUCUUAUACCGACGUAACUGUGUGUCGGCUGUACAGCUCUUGCGGAAGCUUGGUACAGGAGGUGAACAGCCAUGGCGAGCUGUUCGGUGUUGCCAAGACGAGGGCGUGUCUCAUUGCAGAUCCGGAGUCGUGCAAACCCAUCAAGCGCGAGAAGUGGCUUGCUGAUGGUGCUGACACUUCUGGGCACUGCCUGUUCGAGGACCUGAUCUCCCAGUGCGAUGCAUCUUUGAUCCACGGUGGCAACGGCAUCUCAGAGUGUGGCCACUGUACGCACAUGCUUUUAUCCGAGCAUGCCGUGCAGCUUUCAAGAAUGAAGCGGCCGUUGCCAUCAUUAUUUCAAUCUGGAUCGAUGAUUUCCGUAGGUUGUGACGAUCGUUAUGCCGGCUUGAAUCGAUAUGGUAAUGACGUCUUGCCUUCACAGAACAUCAUCUGCCAGGACGGCGAGUGGGUGGAUCCCAAGGGCGGGCCGGGCCUUUCCGCUCUGCAGUGUGUGGCUUGCGUCCGAACCACACCGGGAAGCAAGUCCAACAGCCUCAUGGACUUCGUUGGCGCAUCGCAGCAAGAACGAUGGUGGCUGCAAAGGCACUCAGUUGAGAUCCGUAGCUGGAAUGAUCUUUGCUUGGCGAGCGACUCGGAGCAAACGCAACGUGCAGAGAUUACUUUCACUGACAACACGGACCUACCGCCGCACGUGCGCGCUCCGUCGCACCGCCGCAGGCGGCGAGCAUACACCGAUGAGAGCUACCGUCGACGCUUCGUGGACAGUGGCGAGAGAUUUGGGAGGGUUGGCUGGAAGUCUGGCUUUGUCUAUGGCUGGCGGGGCACAAACGAAGAUUGCCAAUUCGACCAGCGGACGCAGGUGUCCAACAGCCUCAAGCUGGGAUGGAAUAUCAACGGAAAUUGCAGAAGGAGAAGGAGAGCCUGCUCCCACGAGAAAUUCGAAGACGUGCCUUCCGUCGUGAAGUCGAUCCGCUACACCAUCAGUUUCAGAGCCAGAGUCGUGGGGGACUACUCCGAUGGCUGGGGCUGGCCCGGGCAUUAUAGCAGCUCCGCGUGUGCACAGGACAAAUGCAUUGUGAGCGUGAACUGUCCCUCUGGCCAGACCAUGGUCAAGUGCGAGGCAGUCCCAACUUUCGGUGCUUCCACUGCAUCGGGUGGUGCGCAAGUGAGCACGACCGGAGGCACUUGCCAGGCCACAGGUGGGAAGCUUGGGGCCAACAUCCAGCAAGGAGCAUGGAGAGAAGGGAAUAAAGACAGCUGGACGUCAUGGGCAACUUGCCCUUCCGGCACUGUCGCCGUGACGCCUGCGGGGCUGUAUGCUGGUAAUACCUUCGGGGGCUACGACACGGCAUACUACCUCAAACUGAUGGGAGAUCGACGACGCCGUCUUUCCUACCACACUAAGCUAUGCCCUGCGGGACAGUUCAUGAAGUUUAUCAAGACAUGCGCUGCUGGCAAGUGGGAUUCGAUGGACAUUGCUCUGUGCACAAGUGGCCAUCGCAUAGAUUCGAGUUUGAAAGACGGAUGCGAGUCACUUGUCAGAAUUAAGCUAGAACAAAUUCUGCAGCAGUAUACUCAGUUCUAA